GCGUCUGGCCUCCUGCUGUUCGCUGCUCUGGUCCACGGGGCUUUUGUUUGGGGCCUCAACCCCGACGACCCCAACGUCUGCAGCCACUGGGAGAGUUACGCGGUGACGGUGCAGGAGUCGUACGCUCAUCCUUUUGACCAGAUCUACUACACCCGCUGCACCGACAUCCUCAACUGGUUCAAGUGCACCAAACACCGGAUCAGUUAUAAGACGGCGUAUCGUCGCGGCGUUCGCACCAUGUACCGCCGCCGCUCACAGUGUUGCCCCGGAUACUACGAGAGCGGAGACCUGUGUGUCCCUCUGUGUUCGGAGGAGUGUGUUCACGGUCGGUGUGUGUCUCCGGACUCGUGUCAGUGUGAACCGGGCUGGGGAGGUCUGGACUGCUCCAGUGGGUGCGAGGCGGACUUCUGGGGACCGCACUGCACCAACCGCUGCCAGUGCCACAACAGGGGGCGCUGUAACCCCAUCACCGGAGCCUGCACCUGCAUCGACGGCUACCAGGGCUGGCGCUGCGAGGAGCAGUGCGAGCACGGCUACUACGGCAAAGGCUGCCAGCUCAUCUGCCAGUGUCUGAACGGAGCCACCUGCGACCACGAGACGGGCGAGUGCCUGUGCACGCCGGGCUACACGGGCGCUUUUUGUGGAGAGCGUUGUCCGUCUGGGAGUCACGGGCCUCAGUGUGAACGCCGCUGCCCCUGUCAGAACGGAGGCACCUGCCACCACAUCACCGGGGACUGCUCCUGCCCUGCCGGAUGGACGGGUUCUGUGUGUGCCCAGCCGUGCCCCAUGGGUAAAUACGGCAUCAACUGCAGUAAAGACUGUUCGUGCAGAAACGGCGGCGUGUGUGACCACGUGAGCGGGCAGUGCCAGUGUGCGGCGGGCUUCAGCGGGCGCAGGUGCCAGGAGGACUGCCCCGUGGGCACCUACGGCCCCCAGUGCACCCAAAGGUGUCAGUGUGAGAACGGAGCCAAGUGCCACCACGUGACGGGCGCGUGUAUGUGCGAGACGGGCUUCAAAGGACCAAACUGUCAAGAACGAUUCUGCCCGAGCGGAUUGUACGGACUCAUCUGUGACAAGUACUGUCCCUGCGACAGCGCCCACACGCUCAGCUGCCACCCGCUGUCCGGAGAGUGCACCUGUGUGUCUGGAUGGACAGGGCUGUUCUGUAAUGAGACCUGUCCUCCCGGUUUCUACGGCGACGUUUGCUCCGAGCCGUGCAGCUGUGCCAACGGCGCCGACUGCCACCCUGUGACGGGCGCCUGCGUCUGCGCGCCAGGCUACAUGGGUGAAGACUGCUCGACCGUUUGUCCUCCAGGUUUGUUUGGUCCCAGCUGCACGUCCACCUGCUCCUGCCACAACCACGCCUCCUGUAACCCCACUGACGGAGCCUGUGUGUGCACCGAGGGUUGGCGCGGCGUGGACUGCUCCCUCCUCUGCUCCAGCGGCUCCUGGGGCCUGAGCUGUAACCAAACGUGUCUGUGUGUGAACGGGGCCGCGUGUGACCCGGUGGACGGAGCCUGCACCUGCUCCCCGGGCUGGAGGGGCGAGCACUGCCAGGAGUCGUGCCCGGACGGUACGUACGGUCUGGAGUGUCGCGAGCGCUGCGACUGUAGCCACGCCGACGGGUGCGACCCUGUGAGCGGGUACUGCCGCUGCUACCCCGGAUGGACAGGCAUCCACUGUGACAGCGUUUGCCCGCAGGGCUUCUGGGGGCCCAACUGCUCCAUGAGCUGCUCCUGUCAGAACGGAGGCUCCUGCUCCCCCGAGGACGGGACCUGUGUGUGCGCCCCUGGAUACAGAGGCACGUCCUGCAAGAGGAUCUGCUCCCCGGGGUUUUACGGGCACCGCUGCAGUCAGUCGUGUCCCCAGUGCGUCCACAGCACCGGCGCCUGUCACCACGUCACCGGACACUGCGACUGUCUCUCCGGCUUCACUGGGUCACUGUGCAAUCAAGUGUGUCCCACGGGCAGGUACGGUCGAGUCUGCGCUGAGAUUUGUCUCUGCACCAACAACGGGACGUGUAACCCGAUCGACGGCUCGUGCCAGUGUUUCCCCGGGUGGAUCGGAGACGACUGCUCCCAGGCGUGUCCCUCAGGUCAUUGGGGACCUGACUGCCUGAACUCAUGUAACUGUCAUAACGGGGCCCAGUGCAGCGCGUACGAUGGAGAGUGUCGCUGUGGACCCGGAUGGACCGGACUCUACUGCACCCAGAGAUGUCCCUCUGGGUUCUUCGGUCGGGAUUGUGCUGAGAUUUGUCGGUGUCAGAACGGAGCCGACUGUGACCACGUGUCGGGGCAGUGCGCCUGUCGGACCGGCUUCAUCGGAAACAACUGUGAACAGAAGUGCCCGGCGGGUACGUUCGGGUACGGGUGCCAGCAGCUCUGCGAGUGUCUGAACAACGCCACCUGCGACUACGUGACGGGGACGUGCUACUGCAGCUCCGGGUACAAAGGGAUCCGCUGUGACCAAGCAGCUCUGAUGAUGGAGGAGUUGAACCCGUACACGAAGAUCAGCCCGGCGCGCAGCUCGGAGCGUCAGUCCGCCGGCGCCGUCAUGGGCGUCAUCUUCCUCCUCCUCAUCGUCAUGGCGAUGCUCAGUCUGUUCGUCUGGUACCGGCAGAGACAGAGGGACAAAGGUCAGGAGAUCCAGCCCAGCGUGUCCUACUCCCAGGCCAUGCACAUCUCCAACACGGACUACUCCCUCUCAGAGUGCGGCAGUACCGUGGCCAUGCGCCCCCCCUCAGAGGUCACUCCUGGACACCCUCCCGGGCAGAACAGUGGAGCUCCUCCGUGUUUCUCCAACCCGAGUUACCACACGGUGGCUCAGUGCAACGUGGUCUCCACCAUCUCCAGCGGCCUGGACGGAACCCUCACCCUGAAGUCCGGGACUCUGAAAGGACGGAGCGGCUCAGAGUGGAGAGCCUACUGCAACCUCAGCGAUAUAGAGGUGCAGCCGGGGGAGAGCGCCACCCAGAGGGGCCCCAGGAAAGAUUUUAUAAAAGGCCCGAUGUGCAACAACAGCUCGUGUUCUUUAAACUCCGACAACCCGUACGCCACCAUCAGGGACCCGCCCGGCCCCAGGGACCCGCCGGGCCCCAGGGACCCCCCCGGCCUCAGGGACCCCCCCGGCCUCAGGGAGAGCAGCUACGUGGAGCUGAAGUCCCCGUCCCACAGAGAGGUGCCCUUUGGCGGGACUGCCACCCUCCUGGGCAGUGCCACCAGCGCCCUCUAUGAAGUGGAGCCGUCGGUCAGCGUGCUCCAGGGGCCCAAUGGGAUGGCCACUGGAUUCUCUCAGAGUCCGUUCGAGGUGCCGCGUCCUGGGGCCCUGCAGAACCUCAAGAGCCACUACGACCUCCUGCCGCUGCACCACAGCGCCGCCCCGGACCCCCCUCCCCUGGCCCCCGAGAGCCCCAGCUCCCUGCUCUAG